AUGGCUCGGCAUCCACACUGCAGCCCACUCAUCGGCUCGGCAUCGACACUGCCGCCCACUCAUCGGCUCGGCAUCGACACUGCCGCCUGCUCAUCGGCUCUGCAUCCACACUGCCGCCCGCUCAUCGGCUCGGCAUCCAGACUGCCGCCCGCUAGUCGUCUCGGCAUACAGACUGCCACCCGCUCAUCGACUCGGCAUCCACACUGCUGCCCGCUAGUCGGCUCGGCAUUGAGACUGCCGCCCGCUCAUCGGCUCGGCAUCCAGACUGCCGCCCGCUCAUCGGCUCGGCAUCCAGACUGCCGCCCGCUCAUCGGCUCGGCAUCCAGACUGCCGCCCGCUCAUCGGCUCGGCACCCAGACUGCCGCCCGCUCAUCGGCUCGGCACCCAGACUGCCGCCCGCUCAUCGGCUCGGCACCCAGACUGCCGCCCGCUCAUCGGCUCGGCACCCAGACUGCCGCCCGCUCAUCGGCUCGGCACCCAGACUGCCUCCCGCUCAUCGGUUCAGCACCCAGACUGCAGCCCGCUCAUCGACUCGGCAUCGACACUGUCGCUGGCUCAAUGGCUCGGCAUCCAGCCUGCCGCCCGCUAAUCGGUUCGGCACCCAGACUGCCGCCCGCUCAUCGACUCGGCACCCAGACUGCCGCCCACUCAUCGCCUCGGCACCCAGACUGCCGCCCGCUCAUCGGCUCGGCAUCCAGACUGCCGCCCGCUCAUCGGCUCGGAAUCCAGACUGCCGCCCGUUCAUCGGCUCGGCAUCCAGACCGCCGCCCGCUCAUCCGAUCGGCAUCCACACUGCCGCCCGCUCAUCGGCUCGGCAUCCACACUGCAGCCCACUCAUCGGCUCGGCAUCCAGACUGCCGCCCGCUCAUCGGCUCGGCAUCCAGACUGCCGCCCGCUCAUCGGCUCGGCACCCAGACUGCCGCCCGCUCAUCGGCUCGGCACCCAGACUGCCGCCCGCUCAUCGGCUCGGCAUCCAGACUGCCGCCCGCUCAUCGGCUCGGCAUCCAGACUGCCGCCCGCUCAUCGGCUCGGAAUCCAGACUGA